CGGAAGAAUCCGAUGAUCUGGAGAAAUCUUCUUUUCUGGUACAUCAUCCACAUGUGGAUUCCAGGACUUGUGAGAGCACAAUUUAUCACACUCAACUCUAUUGAGAUAUUCACAAAGCACGACUGGUUCAAGCUCAAACACACUGUCUAUUUUCAAUGCAAAGGAGAGAACAAAACUGUUCUGCCAGAUGUUACCAAAACCGGUGUCUUGUACACUUUCCGCGGUCAAGAAUCAUGGCAGCCUAUGACUGAAAUUGGUGGCGAAAAGUGUAAGCGAUGCGGAAUCUAUGAGCAAGGCAGCCUCGUUUCAGACAAAGAGUUCGAUAUAUGGGAAGUUUGUCCCACUGACUUCUCUGCUAGCCAAGUCUAUAUGCAUUUUAAAGAAAAGGAGAUUAAUGCUACUUUUGUCUGCCACGGUUGCGCCAAGCUCGACUCCGUAUCUUCUAAAGCAAUGAAUGCUUCAACUCCGCAAGAGGAAGGAUAUAAUGGGUUAACAGUCACGAUAGCAAUCGUAGCAGGCGUUUUGUGUACAACUCUUGUUGUGGUUGGAGGCGUUUUUAUGUUCAAGCACUCACAAAGGAUGAAGAAGCAGCGAGAUCAAGCUAGGUUUAUGCAGCUAUUUGAGGAAAGUGAUGAACCUGAAGAUGAACUUGGACUUGAACCUGUGAUAUGAUAUGUUUUAACCAGGUUCGUCCACGAUUUUUUUGCACAAAGACUUUUGGUGUUUCAUGAAUUUUGCAGCAUAUAUUAGGGAAGAGGAUUGACAGUAGGAAAUCUCAGUUUUUGGCCAUUCGGUUUUGGUAUUUGAGUCUCUUCCACGUAAUUUAGUAAUCAGUCAAAAUAAUACCAAUAUUUUCCA